AUGGAAGAUUUUGACUUGGUGAAAACUGACAAAAAAACUUCUGUAGAGUUUUUUAUUAAAAAUUCUCCCCAUUCUCUUGGAAUGAACCUAAAUACUAAUAGAAGUAGUCCCCACCUUAGUACAAAUGGGGUGUCCUCUUUCUCAGGGAAGACCGGCCCGUCUGUAAUCGAAGGCGCAGUUGAAGUCCUGGGCUCUUUAAUGCAAGAGCUACAAAACAAUGGCAAGACCGAUUCGGAGCUUUGGAAAAACUGUGAGACCAGGUGGUUGCAGCUGUUCAACUUGGUGGAGAAACAGUGUGAAGAGCAGAUAGUGGCCCAGCAGGAACAAUUCCACAACCAGAUCCAACGAAUACAGGAGGAGAUAAAAAAUUUAGUCAAGUUGCAGACCAACAAUGCUUCAUGGGCGGCUUGCGAUAGUGCUGUAAGCGCACAGGCACCCGCAGAAAGUCAAAUGGGUUUUUUCGCGGAGCCCAGUGAGAGAAAUGACGCGAUCCUCAGCCGCCCUGCGCCCGACCAGCCCGACAUGCAGCAGGACGCGUCCAGCUCGCAGCCCGACUGCAGCGCCGAGGGCAGCUGUGUGAGCAGCGGCUAUGGCACCUGCGCCUCCGAGUUAAGCGCCUGCAAGGCCGGGGACUCGGGCCACUUCAUGGAGCGCGAGGCCGAGCCUGUGGGACCCUGCGGGGUGCCGGGGGGCCAGGCCGAGCCCCUCGAGCCGCACUCGGACUGUGGACACAGCAGGAGUGGCCGCCCGCAGGCCGCCCAGGGCCUCUCCGAAGACGCCUCUCUCUUUCCUGGGGACCUGGAAGGUGAUUUUCUUGGAAAAAGUCAAAUUUCAGAAGUAUACAGUGGGGAAAAAAAUGGUAAUAAAGCUAUAACAUCAUGGGCACAAAAGCUGAAGCAGAACCAGCCAAAGCGAAUACACUCGGGAGAGGAUUGUUCCCGGCCAGCGCAGGCCAGCCAGCAGGUAGCCGGGCCUCUGCUGACCCGUGCGCUCGAGUCUGACCUCCCCGCCGUGGCUCGUCCUCCUGCGUUUUACCUCAGCAAGCCGGAGGAGCUCCCGGACUCGUGGCUGUCCGCCGAGGGAGCAGGGCUGCUGUACUGGAAGCUGGAGGAGAAGGACAUGUACCACUCUCUGCCCGAGGCUUUCGACACCUCCCUCGCACCCCCCACAGCUCGGCGCCCAAGCCAGUUUAAUGCUAGUAAUGAGAUGAAGCCACCAUCACUGAAGGAUAUUUACCGUAAGAAACAACGGGAGAGCAAGCCGUUUCCGGAGAGGGAUCUCACUUGCGCGUCCCACCCAGAUCACCCGCCAGAGGUGCUGACUCUGGACCCCGCGGCUCACAGGAAGCCCAGCCCCCGCGGCACCCUCGAGGACCCGGUGUCCUCCUCGCCCGACUCGGUGCUGGGGCCCGCUCUGUCCAGCCACUCGGACACUGACUCGUUCUCACAAGCAAGUCACGUCACGUCCCAGCUGUCCGGAUUCCCCAAGUCUCCUUCCCACUCGAAAGCCUCGCCCGGGGACCCCUGGGAAAGCCGCCCCUUCCCUCACGAGAGCAGGACCAGCUCCUCCUUCGCUUCCGUGUACUCCGCCGCGAGCAGCGACGUCUCAGUGAAUACCGUGGAGGGAGCCGCCACAGCCACCGUCCCGUCGGUCUCCGCCCGCCAGCCCCCGAUCCCGGCUGUGGCCAGCUCUGGCUCCGAGCGCAUCUCUUCUGCGCCCCCCGGGGACCCUGUGCUCAUGUCUCAGAUCAGGCAGACCCUGAAGGAGAAGCACGCUCGGCACGUUGCAGAUCUUCGCGCUUACUACGAAUCGGAAAUAAAUAGUUUGAAACAGAAACUGGAGGCAAAGGAAAUCUGUGCAGCUGAAAAUUGGAAGAAAACCAAUCAAAUUCUUAUAGAUAGAUGUGGCCAGUUAGAUAGUGCUCUGAGCGAAGCCACUGGUCGUGUGAGAACCCUCGAAAAUAGGAACAACUUACUGGAAAUAGAAGUGAGUGACCUUCGAGACCGCUUCCGCGCAGCCAGCAGCGCCUCGGCGGUGCUGCAGGAGCGGAUCGAGGAGAUGCGGGCGAGCAGCAAGGAGAAGGACGGCACCAUCCUGCGGCUGCAGGCCCGGCUGCAGGACGUGGAGGAGGCGUUCGAGAGCGCGUACCGCCUCUCCGACGACAAGGAGGCCCGGCUCCGGCAGGAGGCCAAGAUGUUCCAGGACCUUCUGUUAGAAUAUGAGUCUCUUGGGAAGGAGCACGAGCGGGUGAAGGAAACAUUAAACACAACCGAGAACAAACUGCUUGACGCCCGCACCCAGAUUUCCGAUUUAAAAAGAACAAUUUCAAAACUGGAGGCUCAGAUCAAGCAGGUGGAGCAUGAGAGCCUGGUGGGUCUCCGCCGCCACCUCCGCGCCCCCGCGAGACCCUCCUGCACCGAGACCGGUCUCCCCGCCUCGCACACCCUCGCCACCUCAGACGUCAGCAGGCGCAAGUGGCUGAUUCCCGGGGCCGAGUACUCGAUCUUCACCGGCCAGCCUCUGGCCCUCCAGGAUCGGAGAGUGGAGAACCCGCUGGAGAAAGUCUCUGUCCCUGGGGACCCCCGGCCUGGAAGCCCGCCCACACCAGAGCCGAGAGACACUGCAGACGCCCCAAUAGUGAAGGCACUUAAACAGUUGGAGGAAGAAAAAACACUGAAGAAUCUGGGCACACAGACAGAGGAUCCCUCAAAUAAACCAGUCAGUUCUCAUCUACCUGGAACUCCUGUCGGUGCGGGUCGGUCCCCCGAGAAAUGCCCCCCGCAGAGACCCAAGCGCCAGAGCUCUGCUGCCCAGCGCUCGUCCUCUCUACCACCCUCCAGCCGCCGCUCGAGCCCUCCAGCGAGAAGAGAGAUCAUGCUGACAGCGCUGACCGCGACGUACAGCCCAAAGCGCUCCCCCAGGGAGAACCUGUCCCCCGGGUUCAGCCACCUGCUCAGCAGAGGCGAGAGCAGCUCCACGCGAUCUGAUAUACUUUUGGAUGAUUUAGAUGCAGCGCCCCACGCCGGCCCCCGGAGGCAGCUCCAGCUCCUUCCUCCAGCUGACGCGGAAGAAGAACAGUCGUGGGAAGCCCCCGCGUGCGGCCCUCCUCCCGAGCCCGCGCCGAGGGCAGUGACGCCCCCCACAGCCAGCCUGGGCCCGGGCCCGCCUGCCGCAGCCGCCCGGCCAGAAGGUGACUUUGAAUAUACGGCAAAAAUGAGGACUCUUGCCGAGACAGAACGUUUUUUUGAUGAACUUACAAAAGAAAAGGAUCAGAUUGAGGCGGCGCUGAGCCGGAUGCCUUCUGGAGGACGGGUCACUCUGCAGGCGAGGUUAAACCAGGAGGCCUUGGAGGAGCGGCUGGAGAGGGUCAACCGAGAGCUGGGCUCCAUCCGGAUGACGUUAAAGAAAUGCCACGUCCUGCGCACCUGUGCAAAUCUCUGAGAUUUGUUGCCAUUAAAUUUUAAGAUGUUUUUGU